AUGUCUUUCUCUGGCAAACACUCAUCUAGAGAAUCCUCUGGAAAUCUAGCUGAGGAUGAACUGUCCGAGUCUCAACCUGGAUCAGCUGAGGCUUUGCAAGACUAUCACGGUGCCCGGCACACAGAAGACUCGGCUUUCGGCUGCGCCGGCUCCCCUAUGCCCCGCGUUUUGGAGGAGUUCAUGAAGGUGGAGGACCGCUUUCGUUUACAGCGUGAAGGACCCAGAAAUAGCUCUGACAACCUCCUUCUGGUGUACCACAACCUCGACAACCCUCUGCGCGCGCACUCGAGCUCACCAUCCUUGUCUUCUGAUCUGCGGCUCGACCCUGCUAGUUCCAUAAAAGCCCAGCUGGGUUUUCGCCGUUUUGCUAAGCUAGCUGCUGAGAGCUGCGCUUGGCUCUCACGGACUGGGAACUCCGUCGAAGAUGUUCAAGCCGCAUACCUAUCUAUCAUGCAAUCACUGGAUGGACUUCGCGAGAAGUUGUUGGAGCUCCCAUUUGAGGACAAGGAUUGGAUUGGCAACAGCUCUGCGCCUCGUCUCCCGUCCCUCCUGGAGAAAUCCGAGGAGUGCGGUGUAGAUGCCGCUGCGGACAUUACACUAUGCGCAGCUGAAGACGGGUGUCUCGGGCCCAGCGACACCCCGGCCAAUGGGCACAAGGUCUAUACACUGCCACUCACGACCCCUAAUGUACACCGUGACCUACAUACACCCAGGCUUGACCUCUCCCCACCCCUCUUCCCUAUCCACCCUUACGUACUGUCCCCGGAUUCCAUGGAGCUCGUUGUCCCCACAUCGGAUCCCCGCGAGAUUGAGUACCCCUUUAUGAUUGUACCAUCCCUCGAAAGUCGUCUAUCCCGGUGUUUCUGA